GGUUAGGUGCGGCAUAUGCUUGAUUUCAGCAAUGAACAGAAAUAAAUAACUACAAGGAAAAAAUAUAUAUAUAUUCAUCAGCUAUAAAUUCACCAAACGGAACUAAGGUGACACAACAGAGUUUCCAACGCAGUAGCUCUAACUACCUCCGCCUGUCUUUCAACGAGAAGAGAACAAGACAAGAAACUAAGAAAUGGCACGCAAGAAGAUCAGAGAGUACGAUUCCAAGAGAUUGUUGAAGCAGCACUUCAAAAGGUUUUCCGCCUAUGAUUUGCCCAUCAAAUCUGCACAAGUGACGGAGUCAACUGAUUUCAAUGAGCUAGUAGAGAAGGAGCCAUGGCUUUUGUCGCAGAAACUGGUUGUCAAGCCUGAUAUGUUGUUUGGAAAGCGUGGGAAGAGUGGUUUGGUUGGCUUGAAUCUUGAUUUCGCUCAAGUUACUGCAUUUGUUAAAGAGCGCCUCGGCAAAGAGGUGGAAAUGAGUGGAUGUAGAGGACCUGUUACAACAUUCAUUGUUGAACCUUUCAUCCCUCACAAUGAAGAGUACUACCUUAACAUCGUCUCCGAGCGUCUUGGUUGUAGCAUUAGCUUUUCAGAGUGUGGAGGAAUUGAAAUUGAAGAGAACUGGGACAAGGUAAAAACCAUUUUUAUCCCAACUGAUUCAUCUUUCACCUCAGAAACUAUGGCUCCACUUGUUGCAACCCUUCCCUUGGAGGUAAAAGGGGAAAUUGAGCAGUUCAUCAAAGUGAUCUUUACUCUAUUUCAAGAUCUUGACUUCACUUUCCUUGAGAUGAACCCUUUCACAUUGGUUAACGGAAAGCCUUAUCCUUUGGAUAUGAGAGGCGAGCUUGAUGACACUGCUUCUUUCAAGAACUUCAAGAAGUGGGGUAAUAUUGAAUUUCCAAUGCCAUUUGGAAGAGUAAUGAGUGCAACUGAAAGCUAUAUUCAUGGGCUAGAUGAGAAGACAAGUGCAUCUUUGAAAUUUACAGUGUUGAACCCUAAGGGACGUAUUUGGACAAUGGUUGCUGGAGGAGGUGCAAGUGUCAUCUAUGCCGAUACGGUUGGAGAUCUCGGAUUCGCUUCUGAGCUUGGAAACUACGCUGAAUACAGUGGAGCACCCAACGAGGGGGAAGUGUUGCAGUAUGCCAGAGUCGUAAUUGAUUGUGCCACUGCUGAACCUGAUGGUCGUGAAAGAGCCCUUGUAAUUGGUGGAGGAAUAGCCAACUUUACUGAUGUGGGUGCCACGUUUAAUGGCAUAAUUCGAGCCUUGAAGGAGAAGGAAUCAAAACUCAAAGCAGCCAACAUGCACAUAUAUGUGAGGAGAGGAGGUCCCAAUUACCAGAAGGGGCUUGCAAAAAUGCGGGCACUUGGAGAGGAAAUUGGCAUCCCAAUUGAGGUUUAUGGUCCUGAAGCGACAAUGACGGGUAUAUGCCAGGAGGCCAUCCAGUACAUCACUGCAGCUGCAUAAGUUGUGGGUUCUUCAAUACAAUCUCUCAGUUUGUUUUACCUUUUUCUUUUUGUUCCCAGUGGGACAUGUUCAUUAGAUUUCCAUUGAAAUUGUGCUUCAAACUUCAUAAAGUAAUGUUUAGUUCAUAGUACGGAACCAUCUGUAAUUUGUUUGCUGAGAAAUUAACAUGAGAUCUCAGGCAAACACAGAUGGCAUUUCUGAGCAAUAAAAGGCUUAUAAAUGUGCUCUCUUUGUCA